GGUGGUCAGUCGGUGGUCAGUCGCGGCCGGUCGUGGUCACUCGUGGUCUGUGGUGGGUGGCCCGCGCAUGGGUUGGUGCCUCAGUCACCGGCGGGAGCAAUCAGCAGGCCUCAAUGACAUCAUAGCCCGGCCCGCCUCCGCCGUGCCGUGGCCGGCGUUGAAACUUCGCCCCUCGUCCAGUCAAAGGGCGAAGAGACCCGACGCUCGCCUGCUGUCAGCCCGUCCAGCCUCUGCCCCAAACCGAACUCAAAUUCCAACUCUUUCACUGCGACGUUUCCAGUCAGGCGACGCUCACCUCCGCGCGUAGUCUUGCGCCAUCAUUUUCAGUCCUUUUCCAUCCCAGCCGACCUUUCCGUCUUUCAGUCUCCCUUCUGACAUUCGAGCUGCAGUCUGCGUUCUUUUGCCUUCUACGUGCGUCUUCGAGACACCGUUGGCUUCUCUAGCGUCCCUCGACCCUCAGUGACGUCCGCUGACCCCGCCUAUCGCGAGCUUGCGAUCGUCCACACCACCCGAGUGGUCGAACGUUCACACUCUAAGCAUAUUUGGACGGCCACAUCAGCCUUGCGUGCUCGUCUCUACACGCACUGGGCCCUUGCUGUUUGAUCUCAUAGCACGCUGCGACGCUGCGACGCUGCGACGCCCAUCGCACCUGCCGCCAUGGCUUCCGUCGUCGUCAAGGAGCGGGAGCGCGAGUGGGACACCGAGUCCAGGAGCAGCCACCGUCCCUACACUACCAUCAGGAGGUACAAGAUCCCAGAGGAUAUGGAAGACACUGAGGACACUCGCGUCACCAUCCGUGAACGCCAUGACCAUCGCGACCACGAUGACCGAGUUCAGUAUCGCAUCGUCGAGCGCGAGAGGGACUACUCACCACCCCGCUCGCACCGCGGGGUCGAGGAGGAUCGAAUCAUAAUCCGUCGCCGUUCGCGUUCUCGUUCAUCUUCACCGGACACCCGUGUCUCGUCGAGGAAAGACCUGUACCCGCCCGAAACCCCUUACUCGCUCGAGAAGUACUCUAGGUCGACCGAGUACUUCUCGCAGCCGACACCCCAGCCGAUCAUCAUUCAAGAGCGACCCGCCCCGCCUCCUCAAACGAUCGUCAUCCGUGAGACUUCGCAGCCGCAACAGAUCAUCGUGCGAGAGCGGGUUGAACCGUCGUACGAGCUCGUCGAGCGGGAGCGGCCCAGACCGCGCCAGGACGAGGAGGACUACUACUACGAACGCCGCGUCCGAGAAUUCGACCGCGGACGAAGGUAUGACGACCGUGUGGAUGACCAACGGGAGUGGCGCCGGCGACGCGAGGACGAGAGAGGAUACUACAGUGAUGACGACGCCGUCUAUAUCCGACGAGAGUACGACGAUUACAGCUCUCGCGAGCACAGCCCGCACCACAAACGCCACAUCGCCGAGGGCGUCCUCGCUGGUAUCGCUGCUUCCCAGAUUGUGCGACACCACCGCAAGCGUGAAGGUCGCUCUCCAGGCAGCCGCAUUGGCCAAGUUGUGGGCUAUGGUGCGCUGGGCGGGAUUGGCGCUGAAGCUCUGACGCGCUGGAACGAAAACCGUGAGAGAUCGCGAUCUCGGCAUGGCUAUCGAGACCGCGAUCGAAGCAGGUCGCUUCCGCGCGCAAGGACGAUCGCAGGCGUGGCUGCACUGGCCGGUCUUGGUGCCCUCGCAUAUGCUGCGGGAAAGAACAACAGCAAGAGCCAGACCACGAUCAUCGAGAGGGAUGGUCAUCGAAGCCGAUCAAGCCGCCGGAGAUCAUCCAGAUCCAGAUCUUCUGUCAGAUCCGUCAGUUCGGAAGGCAAGCAUAUGGAUCCUCAGCACAGAAAUCAACGCGUGGCACAAGCCGGCCUUGUGGGCGCCGCGGCCGCAGGCAUCGCCCAAGCAGCGCGAAAUCAUUCUCGCGGCCGUCGAUCCCGCAGCCGAAGCAGAAUCCGGCAAGGCGUGCCUAUCGUUGCUGCUGGUCUAGGCAGCGCUGCGGUGGCAGGCCUGUAUGAGAAUAUGAAAGCUAGAAAGGAGGCGAAAGAGCUGUCUAGAUCACGCUCAAGAUCAUACUCUAGGUCGAGAUCCAGAUCAAGAUCCAGGUCAAGGUCUGUCUCACGUCAUACCCUUAGGGGAGCCGCCGGUGACACUGCUCUUGUAGAAUAUGGCGGUGACCCGAUUCCUUCUUCUUCGUCGGAGCUCGAUAGCCAUCGUCACCGCAGUCGUUCGCGAGGCAGACAUCAUCACCGACACCGCUCACAUUCCGGCUCAAGCGCCGACCGCAGGAGCCGUAGUCGGAGCAAAGGUCUAGCUGAGGUUGCUGCGGCGGCUGGUGUUGCUGGCGUUGCCGCUCACGAGCUUACAAAGAGGCGUGAGCGGCGGCGCGAGCGAGAGCGUCGACGUCAAGAAGAGGAAGCAGCCGCCGCCGCUUCUAACUCUGAAUAUACUUCAACCACAGACGCCAAUAGCCCGUACUAUCCAGCAAGCAACCACUUCGCCCCACCUCCUAAUGCUGCUGAGGGGGGAUACCCCCCGAUGAAUCAUCCUAAUGAUUCUGCAUACUACUCUAAUCCUGUUCCGCCCUACAACCCUGCCGACUAUGGCCCUACUACUGGACCAACUCUGCCUCGAGAUGACCCUUAUGCUCAACCAUACAACCAGCAACACCAUGACAAUUUUGCUACGCCCCAUCAAGACCCAUAUUCGCCAAAAAAUAAGGACCCAAGAGCCCCUGAAAAUGUGAGUGCACCGCGUGCUGCUCACUUCCAUGCUGGACCUGAUGGUCUAGACGGUGAAGCCUCACCCCGAACAGUCACUCCUGGGUCAACACGACCGAACUCCCCAGCACCACCACAUAAACCAAUAUCACCUGCACAACAAAGUCACGGGAAAAGCGUCUACUUUGACCUCAAUCCUGUUGAGAGCGAGCAUAUCAUUACUCCAAACGAAAGUCCCGAAGCUUCUCGCGACGACGUAGACGAGUUUGAUCAACGUCGACAUCGGCAUAGCGAUUCCAAGCCCAGUCGCAAGCGCAGACGACGUUCUCGUGACUCAUCUCCUUCCAGCGCAGGCGACUCUGACUCCACUGAAGAUCUUCCCCCGCGCUUCGAUGAGCAAGGUCGUCGUCUUCCGGAAAGAGGCGAGGAUCCCUUGGCCGAUAAGAUCGAAGAUCUGCUGCAUUCAACUUUCUUUCAGGACGUUGCGGAUAAUCUUUUCGGUUCUAGCGGUCGUGGCGGACGGAGACGGUAGUUUUCCUCACAUCUUUGAGAUUCUGCUUAACCUUUUUCUUUCCUCCCCCCCCCCCC